ACGGGUGCCAAGAGCUGCCGCCGCGACCGCCGCCGAGCGAGCGCUUCCUCAGCCAGGGGACCGCAGGAGCCGCCGCAGCCGCUCCCCGGGGAGGACCUGAGCGCUCGCCUUCUUCUCCCUCGCGGAGCGUGCGCGCGCCAGCGAGAUGAGCGGGCCUCGAGAGAAGGCGCCCGAAGCUGCGCCCCAAAGCGGCGGCCGCUUCGCCGGGGCCAUCGGCAGGGGCCCCGUUAUCCUCUCGCUGCUCUUCUCGCUCCUCUCGGUGGGCGCCUGCUUUCUCCUCAGCGCCAAGACCUCCAAGCUGCAAGGGCGACUGGUGGCCCUGGAAGAAGAGUUAGCCAGCCGCGCCUGGAGCCCCGGAGAGCAGCUGGCCGCCGAGCCUUUGCUCGCCGCGCUUCAGCCUCAGGUGGACGACCUUCUCCAGGAGAAACUGAACGAAGGAUUAGCCAAACUACGUACAGCAAGAGAAGUACCCUCUGAAUGUCAUUGCCCACCAGAGUUAAACAAGGUCAAUCCUGAUAAGUAUUUGAAUGAGAAACCACCAGAAGCUGUAGACAACCUACAAGAAAAUAAUGGCAAACUACUUCUUCAUUGUUGCCAAGAAACCAGUAUAAAUGUGACCAUGAAAUCAUCAGGAAUUGAACCUACCUUGAAGGAGGCUUUUUAA